AAUGAUGCUGCAGAAUGUCCAGGACGGCUGGCUGCCCGCUCGCUUCGCCGGGAGGGCCCUGAGGUGGCUGUGGUUUAAGAACAAGCCCGUCACCAUAACUGUGGUGUUGGUGGUUGGUGUGAUUAAAAUACGGAAAUACAUGAAGAAGCAGGAAAGGAGGAAGAAAUGGAACAACGCAGGCAAGGAUGUGGUUGUUCUUCACAUCCCAUCUCGAGGCUUCUAUUGCCCGAGUUUGUCUCCCUUCGUCGUCAAACUCGAGACCUACAUCAGGAUGGCGGAAAUCCCUCAUGUGGUGACGAUCGUGUCCAUUUGUAAAAUUCUUUCGUGUUUUGUUUUUUUUCUUUUUUCUUUUCUUUUCUUAAUGAUUGUAU